AUGGAAUCACAAGCAGCCACCAUGUCUUCUAUUCCAGACCCAAUCGGCUUAUCUUCUUGGCUUGCUUUAAACUCGGAGAGUUUGAAACCACCAGUGAAUGCCAUGUAUUUGUACUCAGGGAAAGACUUUAUUCUGAUGGCUGUUGGAGGACCAAAUACGAGGAAUGACUACCACAUCAAUGAGACAGAGGCGAAUCAUUUCUCCUACCAGGUAAGCUAUGAUUUCCCGGGCAUCACGCUUUGCCUUUACCCUUUGAGUAUAUUUCACUUAUCAUCGCCGAUCUAUCUUGUAGCAAACACGCCUCACUCCCCGAGAAGAUCAAAGGACACGAUAGGCCUAGUGAUGGAACGAACUCGACCGCCGCAGAUGAUUGAUCGUGUUCGGUGGUACUGCGGUAAUACUGAGGCCCAUGGUGGAGUCCCAACAAUUAUAAGGGAGGAGUCAUUCUACUGUGAAGAUAUCGAAACACAACUCAAAGAGGUUAUUGACAACUGGAUGGAGGACGAGAAUAGCCGGAGAUGUGGAAGCUGUGGAGUAAUCUCUCCUGCUCACUGA